GUUUAUUUCUACAUCCAAGACUUUAGCUUGAAAAAAAAAGCUAACCAAUAUACUGAAGUUUUGCCUUUUUGAUUACUGACUGGGAUACAAGGAGCCAUUCGCAAACCACCAGAACCUUGUUGCCUACAAUACAGUGCCAAGAACGACCACAAGGUGAGCACAAUGCAGCCCGAAAAGGAACGGCUGGACAGAGGGCAGUGGGUCUGCAGUGCGGAUUCGGCCAAAGGCUCACAGCAACAUCGGGAGGACGAUCUCGACUCCGGCAUACGUUACACCGUGAGAUAUAUGGGUUGUGUGGAGGUCUUGCAGUCCAUGAGAUCACUUGAUUUCAAUACAAGAACCCAGGUCACAAGGGAAGCUAUAAACAGAGUGUGCGAGGCUGUUUUAGGCGAUGAAGCUGCCAUAAGAAAAAGGAAGCCUCCCAGCAAAGGAUUGUCUACUGUCUUGGGAAAGAGUAACCUCCAGUUUGCAGGAAUGAAGACCAUAAUGUGCAUCUCUACGAGCAGCCUCAGCUUAAUGCUCCCAGACUCCAAACAGUUCGUUGCCAACCACAGCAUGCAGUCGGUCUCUUUUGCUUCUGGAGGAAAUCCAGACACACGCAAUUAUGUUGCCUAUGUAGCCAAAGACCCGGUGAAUCAAAGAGCAUGCCAUAUUUUGGAGUGUUUUGAUGAUUUGGCCCAUUGUGUUAUUAACAGCAUAGGACAAGCAUUUGAACUUCGUUUUAAACAAUACUUGAAGAGCCCACAUGCAAUUAGUAAACCUCAUAAUGAGAGCAGAACUGCAGGCUUUGCAUUAUGGAGUAUGGAGGGUGACAGCCACAACUAUGGAUACUACAAUGACAUCCCAGGUAAAGCAGCCUUUCCUACAGGACUGCAGAAAGCAGAAGUUAACAAAGAUUCGGUGAUGCAGACUAAUAGUGGUCAAAUGAUUGAGGAUGGAAACAUUUCACAGAGUGCUAACUCAUCACCAAACAUCAUUUAUGAAAAUUAUUCCAAUCCACACAAACCAACUUUCACUGGACUAGGCAAAAUUGUAAGCCCAUCUGAUCCUUUUGAUGAUCCAUCGUACAUGAACACCCAGAAUCUAAUGAAUCCUCACUCCUCUGCCGUGACAAGAGUGCCAGCACAGGUAUCUGCUAAUGUGCACAGACAUGCAUCUAAUGCAAUUUCUCAGAACAGCACAAUAGAUAAAAGCCCAUCUGCAACCCUCUCUUCCAUGAAAGAACAGCUGAUGAAGGAAAUCUGGUACUGUGGAAGAAUGAGCAGGCAGGAAGCUGAGAGGCUGCUCAUAAAAGAUGGUGACUUUCUGGUGCGGGAAAGCAUGACUACAUCAGGACAAUAUGUAUUGACUGGGCUACAGGGAGGACAAGCCAAGCACUUACUUCUGGUGGACCCCGAGGGCAUGGUGAGAACUAAGGACCACAUAUUUGACAGCAUCAACCAUCUGAUCAGUUACCACAUGGAUAAUCACCUACCAAUCAUCUCAUCAGGAAGUGAUCUAUUUCUUAAGAAACCUGUCAAGAAUGAUAGGUGAAGAGAAGUUACUUUCAGUUUUAACCAUUGCACCUUCUCAAUGUUUUAAAAAGCAAGACCAUUCCAAUGGAAUACCAUUGUCUGUCUGUAUGUGGUCUCUUUCAAGAAAUAAAAGA